AAGGUGGCUGAUAUCACUGUCAUCGCCCUGUACUUUGCCCUAAACAUGGCUGUGGGCAUAUGGUCUUCUUGUCAGGCCAGCAGGAACACAGUGAGAGGCUACUUCCUGGCGGGACGGGACAUGACCUGGUGGCCGAUUGGGGCUUCCCUCUUUGCCAGCAGUGAGGGAUCUGGUCUCUUCAUCGGGCUGGCAGGCUCGGGUGCGGCUGGAGGCCUGGCAGUGGCAGGCUUUGAAUGGAAUGCCACAUAUGUGCUGCUGGCUUUGGCGUGGGUGUUUGUACCUAUCUACGUCUCCUCAGAGAUUGUCACCAUGCCAGAGUACAUCCAGAAGCGCUAUGGAGGCCAGAGGAUACGCAUGUACCUGUGCGUCCUGUCCCUGCUGUUGUCUGUCUUCACUAAGAUAUCGAUUGACCUGUAUGCAGGGGCGCUCUUCGUGCACAUCUGCCUAGGCUGGAACUUCUACUUGUCUACUACGCUCAUGCUUGCUGUCACUGCCCUCUACACCAUUGCAGGAGGCCUGGCUGCAGUGAUCUACACAGAUGCCCUACAGACGUUCAUUAUGGUGGUGGGGGCCAUCAUCCUUAUGGUCAAAGCCUUUAACCAGAUAGGUGGUUAUGAGCAAUUGGAGGCUGCCUAUGCCCAGGCCAUCCCAGCCAAGACGAUCGCCAAUGCUACCUGCCACCUGCCACGAGCAGACGCCAUGCACAUGUUCCGAGAUCCAUACACAGCAGACCUCCCAUGGACCGGGAUGACCUUUGGUCUGACCAUCAUGGCCACCUGGUACUGGUGCACUGACCAGGUUAUUGUGCAGCGGUCACUGUCUGCCCGGGAUCUGAACCAUGCAAAGGCCGGCUCCAUCCUUGCUAGCUACCUCAAGAUGCUCCCCAUGGGCCUGAUCAUCAUGCCUGGCAUGAUCAGCCGUGCACUGUACCCAGGCCUUCAUGUUGUUGUAGGGAGGCAUGGUGUGGCAGUGCUGCCUCAGUCUUCCUCUCUUGCAGAUGACGUGGGCUGUGUGGUGCCCUCUGAGUGCCUGCGGGCCUGUGGGGCUGAGAUUGGCUGCUCCAACAUCGCCUACCCCAAGCUGGUCAUAGAACUAAUGCCCACAGGUCUCCGUGGACUGAUGAUUGCAGUCAUGAUGGCAGCUCUUAUGUCCUCUCUGACCUCCAUCUUCAAUAGCAGCAGCACGCUCUUCACCAUGGACAUCUGGCGCCAUCUGAGGCCCCGCGCUGGCGAGCGGGAGUUGCUGCUGGUGGGCCGGCUGGUCAUUGUGGUUCUCAUUGGCGUGAGCGUGGCCUGGAUCCCCAUCCUGCAGGGUUCUAACAGUGGGCAGCUGUUCAUCUACAUGCAGUCAGUGACCAGCUCACUAGCACCCCCUGUGACGGCAGUCUUUGUCCUGGGCAUCUUCUGGCAGCGUGCCAAUGAACAGGGGGCCUUCUGGGGCCUGAUAGUGGGGCUAAUUGUGGGCGCUGGACGGUUAGUCCUGGAGUUCUUGCACCCAGCACCUCCGUGCGGCACCCCGGAGACGCGGCCAGCUCUGCUUGUCAGCAUCCACUACCUGCACUUUGCUGUGGCCCUCUUUGGACUCAGCAGUGCUGUGGUGGUGCUGGUGAGCCUGCUGACAGCAGCUCCUCAGGGAGCUCAGAUUGAGAAUCUUACUUGGUGGACCCUGUCUCAGCCCCUGCCCUUGGAAGCCAAAGCAGGUAAUGGCUCAGUGUCACAGAAGUAUGCUUUCUGGGCCAGAGUUUGUGGCUUCAAUGCCAUUCUCCUCAUGUGCGUCAACAUCUUCUUCUAUGCCUACUUUGCCUGA